UUUGCUUUUAAAGCUCACUCACAGUUAGAAAAGUCAAGCAUCCAGACAUUUGAAGGACUAUUUGCACAUUAAGGUGACAUUUUCUAUUUUAAAAGUUCUCAAAACAUUAAGAUGAAAAAGGAAACAAGAAAAGUUACGACUGAGGCAGAUAAGAAAGAUCCAGGAGAUCAAAAUUGUAAGACCAGAAUGACAAAAAGAAAGGCCAGUCCUGAAAAGAAGACCCCCAUAAAAAGAAGGAGGGUCAGUGAGCAGGCUGGUCCUUCCACCAGCUCAGAUGCUCAUGUGAUCAAAGGAGUCAAGCGCAAGGUCCAACAAGAUGAAGCGGGGACAACCAAUACAGCAAAAAAGUGUAAACUUCUUGACCAUAUGAGCGGUGACAAGGGGCAAGCAUCUUCCUGGUUGGACACUGGUAAAGACUGCAGCAUAGACAUUUCAGAGAGCUGCAGUAAAAACCAAAACGCUGGCAAAAGGAAAGCUGCGGGAGACAGGAGGGACCCACCUAAGAAGAAGAACGUGGACCAGGACAAAACCAAAAAUGUUGCCAAAAAGUCAGUGGCCGAACAGAAACGUGACUUCAAGCGAGAUACGUGGAGGAGCACCGGCUUGGAGAAGGAGGCUGCGGAGCAGUGUGGCCAUCAAACACAUCCCAAAGGGAAAGUGUACUGCAAAGUGACGGAUGAAAGCGGGAAGCAUCUGUCAGUGGAAGUUGCCAUCAUGCUGAAGCUUGCAGCUGAAGCAGAUGGAUCAGUGGGAACAUCAGCCCCAGUGUCUCUGCUGGAGUGGUUUGACUUUGGCAGAGAGCUGAUCCUGGUCAUUCUGAAGCAGCUGGUUGAUGCUGCGAAGCACCUGGAGGAUAAACACAUCUUUCACCGGGACAUCAAGAGUGAGAACAUUCUAAUUGAGACCGGCUCAGAUGUACCGCGUGUUAGUAUCAUCGACUUUGGACUGAGCUGCUUUGUUAAGGAGCGGUCGCUGUACCAGCGUCUUUUAUGGUAA